UGUAAGAAGUUGUCGAACGCGCAGAAAAGUGAUUUAUAAAGUUUUCCCCACAUUAAUAUAGUAUGCCAAUUUAGAAUUUUGUGCGUGUGUGUGUAGUGUGUGAGCAUUCAAAUUGAACAUGGAGACGGUCGGCGCAUUCAAUAAUGAGCUCUCCGGACUCUAUGAUAGCCGGCCGCCCAUAUCGAAGGCUAAAAUGGCGGCCAUCACAAAGUCGGCAAUGCGUGCAAUCAAAUUCUAUAAGCAUGUUGUGCAGAGUGUCGAAAAGUUCAUACUCAAAUGCAAGCCGGAAUACAAAGUGCCGGGCCUGUAUGUCAUAGAUUCGAUAGUGCGCCAGUCAAGGCAUCAAUACGGCACCGAGAAGGAUGUGUUUGCGCCGCGCUUCCAGCGCAAUCUGACGGAAACGUUUGCUAAUCUGUUUCGCUGUGCGCCCGAGGACAAGAGUCGCAUUAUUCGAGUGCUCAAUCUGUGGCAAAAGAACAAUGUCUUCAAAUCGGACGUUAUACAGCCCAUAUUCGAUUUAGCUGAUCCCAAUCAUCCGAUUUAUCAUCAAAUGCCACCGAUUGUUGGCGCUGGCGGACUCAAUGCCGGCCCCGGGCCAAGUGGCAGUAGUGGUGCUCUAAAUCUAUCCGAUCUGUCGAGUGGCAAUGUGGCCAAUGGCUUGAAUUCGUCUGGAAUGAGCAACAUGGAUCUUAGCUCGGUAGGCGAUGAUAAAAUGGGUGGAGCCAUGCCGGAUUUGUCGUUGAGCCAUGAUAAGUGCUCCAGUUCUAGCCGGCGGCACAUGGAGCAGCAUUAUAUGAAGCAGCGACAACAGCAACAGCUGCAGCAGCAACAUCAGCAUUCCAGUUCGUCGGCUUCCGGUUCGAAGAGUCGCUUCGAUGUUGUGGGUCCGAGCAAAUCGCAUCAUCACAGCUAUGGCAAGAAUAGCAGCUCACACGAGCUGGACUACGAUGUGCGUGAGUUUAUGGAUGACGACGAUGGUGACAUGAUGAUGGCCGAUGAUCACCAUUGUAUGGGCGAUGAUUCCCCGCCGGGCUCAUCGAAUAUGCUAGAUAACAACAACUUGAAGCAGCUGCUGAACGAUCCCAAUGUGCUGCGCCAGCUGCAAACGUUGCAGAACUUUCAAAAGUUCAAGCAGCAGGAGGAGAACCAAAAACAUCGCUACCAGGAAGAUGCACUGCAGCAGCAUUUGCAGAAUGUGCUCAAGAGCACAGCUGGAAUGCCGCCGGGCAUGGCGCCCCUGGGCAUGGGUCAUAACGAUGUGGCGGACAUGAACAAGGACGUGGAAUUCAUAUCGGAACAGCAGCCCAUUGAGGUUAUCAAUCUGGAUGGUGCCGAUUCCCGUAGUCCGACGCCCGAUCGGGACCGAUACAAGCGUAGUCGCCGCAGCAGCCGGAGUCGAUCGCCACGGAAUCGUGGCGGCGGCGGUGGUGGUGGUGGCAGCAAUGCCAAUGAUCGUGAUCGCGGCAGCCGCCGUCGUGGCUCUCGCUCCCGCAGCCGCUCACCACGUUCCAGCCGGAGGCGUGGAUCCCGAGAUCGUGACCGGAUGGAGCGCAGCACACGCGACAAGGAGCGGGAUCGCGAGCAUGAACGGGAGCGACGCAAGAAGGGUCUGCCCGACAUCAAAAAGGAACACCUCAGUGUAUGCAGUACGACGCUGUGGGUGGGACAUCUCUCGAAGCUGGUGUAUCAGGAGGAGUUGUCCGAUACGUUUGGCGAGUAUGGCGACAUCGUAAGCAUCGAUCAGAUUGUGCCGAGGGGUUGCGCCUUCAUCGUGAUGAAUCGACGCCAGGAUGCGCACAAGGCCAUGCAGGCGCUGAAGAAUCAUAAGCUGCAGGGUCGUGCAAUCACCAUAUCUUGGGCAGCCGGCAAGGGUGUUAAGAGCAAGGAGUGGAAGGAUUUCUGGGACCUGGAGCUCGGCGUCACGUACGUUCCGUGGAACAAGUUGUCUCCCGACACCGACUUUGACAGUCUGGAGGAGGGUGGCAUGUUCGACGAGGACACCAUGCCCGGCUGGAUGAAGCAGAAAAUCAAUCAGGCGAAAAAUGUCAAGGACAACAAGGGGACAGGCCUCGGCGGUGACAUAAGUGCGGUGCCACCGGUGGCGCCACCAAAUCUACUCUUUGGCAUCGACACAACGCAGCCGCCACCGGUGGCGCCACCACCACAUGGUGGUCCAGGUGCGCCUCCGCCUGCUCUAAUGGGCAUGGUGCCCGGUCAGUUCCAGAUGGCGCCGCCCUUAGGCGGACCACCACCACCGCAACGCAUGCUGGGCCCCAUGGGACCCAUGAAUCAUCCGAUGGCUGGCAUGGGCAUGCCACCCAAUAUGGUGCCGGGCAUGCCGCCGCCAAUGAUGAUGCCGCCUAACAUGAUGCCGCCCGGCUUUCCGGGCAUGGGUGGUCCGCCGCCACAUCCGAUGGGACUGCCACCAGGCGCACAGUUUCCGCCACCUGGUGCGGUGCCGCCACCGAUGGCCACAAUUCCGACACCGGCGGGCUCUGGCACCGGCGGCAAUGUGAGUGACGAUCAAAUGGAUAUCGAAAUGGAGCUGGAGGAUGCGCCACCGUCCGUGCCGACGCCGUCACAGCAGCAGCAACAGGCACCCAACUUUAGCCAGCCACCACCGAUCUUCCCCGGUGGCUCUGGGCCGCCCAACAGCGUGGAGGUGGCCGUCGCUGCCGCAGCCAAUGAGCUCUUCCAGCGGGAACGCUCACGUGGCCCUGGCGGCGCCGGCGGCUCACGUUGGAGUGGUCGCGAUGAGAUCGCCGAAGCGUCUGAGCGCUGGCGCAAUGAGAACGGCGGAGGUGGACCACCUCCGAUAAGUGCUGGCUUCAAUGAGGCACGAGCGCGCCUCAAUUUAAACAGCAUGGAGCAUGGCGGCAUGCUGCGACCAGAAUUCUUGGGUGGCGUGGACUUUGAUAAUCGCUCUGGAGGUGCACCACGAGGCAUGGGAACGGGACUAGGUCCAGGACCACGAGGUGGUAAUCAUAAUGGCAAUGGCGGUGGAGGUGAUUUCUUCCCGCCCAACAUGAACCAGAAUCGCUUCAAUCAGCCAACGAGUCUGAUGCAGAUGCACAUACCGCCGCCAUUUAAUCAGCGCAUGGGCGGACCGGGAAGUGCGGGCAACGGCGUGGGACCGAUGUUUAUGCGGAAUCAAGGUGGUGGCGGCAGCGGCGGUGGCGGAGGGCCAGGCGGCAGACAGCAAGGACCAGGUUUCUUCAAUCCACGCAAUCCGUUUAACGACAAUCAGCGCGGACGUGGAGGAGGACCAGGCGGUGGUCGUGGCAUGGGCGGCGGGGGCGGUGGCGGUCGAGGCGGUCGCUGGAGUGAUGAUGAAGAUGAUAUCAAUGGAAAAAACAACAGCAAUAAUUUUAAUAACAAACGUCGUGGUGGAUCCGCCGGUGGCGGCCCAGGUGGCCCUGGUGGCAAUCGAUUUCGAGGUGAGCGCGGUGACGGCGACGAUCGUCGCGGUGGCAAUGCACGUGGUGGACGCGGUGGACAACGCAGCGAGGAGCGAGAACGUGGCCCUAACAACAACAACAAUAACAGACGCGGCUCACGUGAUGACAGCAACCGGCAUUCGGUAAGCUCCACGGAUGAGAACAGAGAUGCCAACAAGCGGCCGCCAUCGUCUGAGGGCGAUUGUAUCAAAAAUAAACCGGUGGCAGCGCCAGCCGUUAACAAAUCCACCGAUAGCGACACCGAGGCGGAUUGGGAUCUUGAGCUGCAGGAAUACGAUGCGAGAAUGGAGGCACAGCAAGCAGCUGAAAUCGCUGCUGCUGAGGCGGCUGCAGCUGCCUCUGCUGCUGAGUCAACUAGCACUGCAAAUGACACGGCGACAGACAGCAGCAGCAGCCAGCCAGUGGAAACCACAAUCGACGACACAAACAGAGACGAGCAAUUUGCCCGACCAGCUGUGCAGCAACAGCAGCAGCAGUCGCCACAGAAGGAGAGCAAUGAGGGAUCGAAGCCAAAGGCCACAUCUCCUGCCUGCACGCCCCUCUACGACGAGCUGCCGCCACCUGCAUUGGUCGCAACAGAAACAGCAGCAAGUGCAAUGACAACGGCACCGCCUCCUCCGGAGCCUGUAGAACCGCAUCCAAAGAUCGAAACGCAACGGACUCCAGAGCCAGCGCCAGCGUCUGAACCACUGCAUGACAAUGUGGAAUCAGCGCCAGCAGAAAACUCGCCUCCUGCAACGAAAGAGAUAUCGGAUGCGCCGCAGCCAGUUGCCGAUGCCCAGCCGGAAGUGGAGGCCGACUCAUAGAAUGAAAUCCUAGAAGCGACGAUGUAAGAAAAAACAAACAGAAAAUAAAUUUCGAUUGGUUAAACAUAUUA